AACCUUACUUCUCCAAUCCUAAAAAUCACUUAAAAAAUUCAAACCUUUCCACCCCCUUAAAUUCUCUUCCUAAAUCCCCACUCACCCUCACUCACCCAUCUAGUUCCCUUCCUCCUUCCCAGGCUCCCUCAGUUUCCCGCUUCGGUCACUCCUCACACAGAAAUGAGUUAUUCAAAAUUCAGAAUUUCACUUUUCAGAAUUCCCCGCUUAAGCAGGCGAGUUUUGGACUUGGUAAUGGGGUUCAGGAUAAUCGAUAUAUAACUUCUUUAUCAACCCACCCACAAGGUUCUCCUCCCUUUCCAAGUCAAAAUUCCAACCCUCUCCAAACUAAAAAAGGAAGGAAGAUAAGGAUGAAGAAGAGUAUUGGGGUGAAAGGAAGACAGAUUCAAAAGAUGAAUAGGAUUAUUGAUGAUUUGAAGGAGAAAUAUUCUGAUGCACAGAAGAGAAUAAGGGAGUUAGAAAGUAAAUUUAUGGUUAAUCGAAGUUGGGAAGUUUAAAAACAAGAGAAAUUUCGAGAUAGGCUGUAACAUUCAUAGUUUAAAUCCUAUCCUUCUGUAAAAUUAUAGUUAUUAAUGUUAAAUAAUCAAGCUAAUUUUAUAAAUUUCCCCACAACCAUGUCAUCUCCUUUAAUAAAUCUCAACUCUAUAUCAACCCCCAACCAUUACAAACACCAUUAAACCUCUAAAUCUCCCUAACCCCCCUUAGAACUGACCGACAAAACCCUCCUCCUCUCAAGCCCACCCCUGGCCUCCAUCCCAUCUCAGCCCCCAGCCCUCCCUCCCACUUCUCUUGCAGACCCCCAUUUCCAAGACUCCAGCCUCCUCGUCCAGAAGAUCAAAUCCUUGACCGAACAGAAUGAGGCUUUAAAGGCAGAGAAUGCUGAGAUUUCUCAAGAUUAUUCUGAGUUAAGAAAAGAGUAUGGAAGAUUGGAGAAAACAGUCCAGCAGAACCAGGUUAGAUAUGAGCAGUUGCAGAAUGAGUUUAAGCAGUGUGGGGAUUGGGGUGGGGGAUUUGAGAUGUUUGGGAAGGUAUAGUAAUGGGAUUUUCGAUUUGGAUUUAAGAAAAUUUUAGUAGGAACAUUUUUAUUUCUCAUUAAUAUCAUAUUUAACAAAUAAUCUCUUCAUAUCACCCUCGCCUCUCCAAUAUUUACCUCCCUUUCCUCUCCCUAAUACCCAAAACGUCCCUUUCCCACUCCUUUCCACUUCCCCAAAAUCCAACUUAGCCCAAAAAAUCCCUGCUCAAACUUGCAUCCUUAACCAGCCUAUUUAGGUCAGCUACUGCAAAAAGGUGAUAAGCUAAACAGGUCCCAGAGAAGGAAUAGGGAGAGAAAUAAGAAGUCUUUAAAGAGGAAUGGCUUUAGGGAAUUUGGGGUGAAGCAGCAUAAGAUGAAGAUGAAUACAAAAAUAACUGUGCACAAGAAUGAAGAUUUAGAGAGGCAAUCUUCGAAAGGGUUCAAGAGAGGGAAUAAUAGUAGCCGUUAUGGGGCUUAUAGCGAAGUUAUUAAUAAUUCUGAUAAUGAAUCUGCGAUGUUCCAAGAACCAUCCAACCUCUCGCUCAAAAGUUCGGCUGAAAACCUGACCCUCGAACUUGACAUGGCCCAGUCCUACAGUCAAGGACAAGACCAAAACCAGAUGUAUCUACAGCCAGGCAGUGUUUCACAGAAGAAGUUCUAAGGGAAUUUGGUAUAUAGAGUAGGUAAGGUAUUCACAGCGUGUAUGGAUGUGU